AUGAACAAAGACAAGAAACAAUCUAUGUCCAAUGACAAAGAACAAAAGCAACCCUUAUCAGUUUCAUUACCACCGAUAUCGAUGGUAACAAUGAAUGCAACAUCAUUAGAAUUAACAGACAAAAUCGAUCCCAAUUCAGCAAUGAAGAAGAAACUAGCCGAAAGUGCAUCAACUAUUAACAUUGAUAGCAGUGAAAAUAAUAGUAUUCUAGCAGAAUAUACUAAACAUUCUCGUUCAUAUAAAAUAAAACGUUUUAUUGAAAAUUAUCUAAACCUUUUAAAAUUGGUAUUCCAAUCGAUAAUACCCGAUUUAAUAUCUUUCAAAUGGUGGCAAGUUUUACUACUUGCUCUCUAUGCUACAUUUAGUGUUGUUUUUUCAGUUUUGGAUUUUAAUUCAUUUCUUCCAUAUAAAAACAAGAGUUCAAUAUUAAAAUGGAGAAAUGAUCUUAAAGAUAAUGUAUCUUUAUGGCGUCGUAUUUUACUAUGUCUAUCUGGUGUUGCCGCUUUCGUCAAUGUUCUCUAUGUUGUAUUAGUCAUACGAGGCAAAUUUUCAUCCUACUUUUGGGGUGUUAUUGGUGCUAUAAUCUAUGGUGCAUUUUCAUUUGCAUACGGUUAUGUUGGUGAUGCUCAAUUAUAUGCAUUAUUUUUUUUACCCAUGCAAUUCAUUGGUAUAUACAUGUGGUCGAAAGAAUUAGAUAAUCAAUCUACCACACGUGUUAAAUCGUUAAAAUGGUUUGGUUGGAUUGUCGUUAUUUUACUAAGCAUAGGACUUGGCGUUGUAUUUUUUUAUGAAAUUCCCGCAUUUUCGAAACUAUUAACAUCACAAUAUUUUUUCGAAAGUUCCCGUUUACCUCAUAUACUCGAUGCAUCAACAAACGCAAUAAGUGUUGUGGCACAAUUUUUACUCAUAUUAUGCUAUUGGGAACAAUAUAUCUUAUGGUUGAUUACAAAUAUUAUGGCAAUAAUAAUGUAUAGCGGCCUUAUUCGAACAGAUCUUGAUAUCAAUUUAUUAGUUGUCUGGAAUAUGAUAUCAAUCAAUUCUAUUGUUGGUCUAUGUACAUGGUUUAAGCGAUGGAGAAAUUUAGAUAGGACUGUAAGACUUUAA